ACUACGGCGAUUGAGACCGCCGUGGUCCUUCGCCGUCUCGUCUUUACCGCCGUGGUCCCUCGCCGUAUCGUCUUCACCGCCGUGGUCCUUCACCGUCUCGUCUUCCUCCUUCCUUGGCCGAGUCGUCUUCCUCCUUCCUUCGCCGUGUCAGAGCCAUCCCUUCCCGGAUCAGAAUUGGGCAAGAACGGUUUCAGACAAUCACAUCCCUGAUAUGGGGACACAAUCAAACAAAGAGCUUUUCUGGGAUGGAUUAGUAAAGUUUUUGAAAGAACAGCAAGUCGAUGUACUUCUAAAGGCAUGUGACAGUGAUGAGGAGGCAGCUAUCUCUGCCCAUAAGUUUAUUCUGUCUGCAAGAUCAGAGGUGUUUAGGAAGAUGUUUGAACCAGACAAAUGCAAGGCUUCGUCCAGGCUCGAGACAAUCACUCUCUCAGAGAUGAAACAUGAAGAAUUGGAGGCUUUCGUUGAGUUCAUCUAUAGCGACGGCUCUAUGCUUUCAGAGAAAGCGAAGAAACACGUUAGGUCACUAUUGUGCAGCCGACAAAUAUGAGAUUCCCCAUCUACGUGACCUAUGCAGAAAUGAGCUUAUAUCAUCUCUUAACUCUUCGAAUGCUCUUAGUAUUCUUGUUCUCGCCCAAAACCCUUUUGACAAAGCCAUCAA